GGAAAAAUAUCAACAGAGGAAACAACAUAUGGAGCACAAUCUACUCCAAGAUCUGGCUAUUGCACGUGAUGACUGGUUAAUCAAAGUUCGUGUAGUUCGUUUGUGGGAAGCCUUCACCCCACAAAAUGAGAAAGAGCCAUUGUAUUUGGAAAUGAUUCUACUAGAUGAAAAGGAAACACCAUUACAUGUUCGAGUCCGCAACAACUUCAUUUCAGAUUUCAAACACAUGUUGCAAGAGGGACACAUGUACACCAUUAAAAAUUUAAAAAUAGCACCAGCUAAUGAGACUUAUAAGCCAGUGAAGGGAAAAAUCAUGGGAUGGUUCCUGUGCACAACAAGUGUAACUGAAUUGCUUGAUUACCCCCAAUUCAUUCCUCGGCAUUACUUUGAGUUUGCUUCAAUUCAACAACUUUCAGAGCGGGUUGAACAAAAGGAUAUCUUAUCUGACAUCAUUGGAACACUUGAUGGUUUUGGAAAUGAAGAGCAUGUUUACGUUAAUGGCAAUCCAACAAGAAUCCGUAGACUUGAGUUGAUCUUAAAAGAGAAUAAAAAAGUCAGAGUCACCUUAUGGACAACCAUAGCAGACCAAUUUCACAACAUGUGGCUCAGCAGGAUGGACGGGACAAGUACUAUUGCAAUUACAUCAACUUUGGUAAAAAAAUUCAGAGGUAAAUAAUACAUAAAUUGAUAUUCAAAAUUUCAUUAAAUUAAAUUUAGACAUGACUAUUGUGGAAACC